CCGCGCCGUCCUCGUCUGCCUCGUCCGGAGCCCCCCGAGCGCCCCCUACCGGUGACUCAGCUACCUCUCUGUCCGACAACCCGGGGCUCCCGCCAAACUCCUCCUCCUCCUCCACCUUCAAAGACGCGAGCAGGUUCGAGAAAAUGGCGGGAACACCCGAGGACGGGCGAAAAGACUUCGUGGACAUCACGGAAAAGUACCUGUUCUCCAAACAGCCCUAUCUGGACCCCAACGCCAAAGACGGGAUGAAUUCCUCCUCCGUAUCGCCCUCGUCUAUGGGUUUGACCCGCAACCCCUUGGAGAUACUGCAGGAAAAAACUGCCGCCUCGCUGUCCUCCCUACCUCUACCUCUGGGUCUCAAGACCCUGCCUUCCGCCAGCGACAGCAAAGUGAGCAGCGCUUCCGGCAGCAUCUUCAGCAGCAGCAACAGUAGCAGCAGCCUCAGCUCUAGCGCCCUGUUCGCCAGCUCGCCGUCUCUGAGCGCCCUGCAGAAGGAGACGGACGCCCUGAAGCCGUCACCGAUCCUACCUCCCAUCACGCUACCUAUGACGCCUGAAGACUACAAGGGCUACAUACAGAGAGGAACAA